AUGAAGCUCCAUCACACGACAGCAUCGUGUCGUGCGUGGGUUUUUCUUUUCUCCAGCGUCUCUUCAAUACUUUUUUUUUCUCUCUUUUUCUUUGUGAGAGCUUGCGCCAGGAAAAAAUCGCCGGGAGAUGAAUCGAAAGCUUCAUGUUGUACUACUAUCCCUUUCUCUCCUCUCCAGUCGACCUCUCUCCAGGAAAGGCUGUUUUCUUUUUUUCCCACCGUCCCGCCCCUUUUCCAACCCCACGAGGUGGAAAUGCAGACGAUCUGA